GGAGGAAGGCGAGGAGUGCGGGGAGGGGGAAGCCCGGCGGGUUCCGCGCCGCCGCCGCCGCCGCCGCCGCCGCGCGCUGGGAGAGGCGCCGGGACUGUCGCCGCCGCUCGGCGCGCUCUCCGGAGCCUGCAGCCCGCACGUCCCGCAGCCUUCCGGGAGGAGGCGCGCGCCCGGCCGCCCUCACCUGCCGGCCCCGGCCGCCCUCCCCUGCGGGGCUGCGCGCGAGGCCGGGUGCGGGACCGGCCCGGCCGCGGAGCAGAGCGGAGACCAGCGACCCCGCGGCCGCAGCCCAGCCACCCCGGAGCGCCUCGGGUCCCGCGCCGGGCGCCGGCUCCAUGGCGACCGGACUCGGGGAGCCGGUCUACGGACUUUCGGAAGAGGAGGGAGAAUCCCGCAUCCUGAGAGUCAAAGUUGUUUCUGGAAUUGAUCUUGCUAAGAAGGACAUCUUCGGAGCCAGUGACCCGUAUGUGAAGCUUUCAUUGUAUGUGGCGGAUGAAAACAGAGAACUUGCUUUGAUUCAGACAAAAACAAUUAAAAAGACGCUGAACCCGAAGUGGAAUGAAGAAUUUUAUUUUAGAGUAAACCCAUCUAAUCACAGGCUCCUGUUUGAAGUAUUUGAUGAGAACAGAUUGACACGAGACGACUUCCUGGGCCAAGUGGACGUGCCUCUCAAUCACCUUCCGACAGAAGACCCCACCAUGGAGCGACCCUAUACCUUUAAGGACUUUCUCCUCCGACCUAGAAGUCAUAAAUCUCGCGUGAAGGGAUUUCUGCGGUUGAAAAUGGCCUACAUGCCGAAAAACGGAGGUCAAGAUGAGGAAAGCAGCGAGCAGAGGGAUGACAUGGAGCACGGGUGGGAAGUGGUGGACUCGAGUGACUCAGCUUCUCAGCACCAGGAAGAGCUUCCUCCUCCUCCUCUGCCCCCAGGAUGGGAAGAGAAAGUGGACAAUUUAGGCCGCACCUACUAUGUCAACCACAACAACCGGACCACACAGUGGCACCGGCCCAGCUUGCUGGAUGUGUCCUCUGAGUCAGACAACAACAUCCGACAGAUCAACCAGGAGGCCGCGCACCGGCGCUUCCGCUCACGCAGACACAUCAGUGAGGACCUAGAACCCGAGGCCUCGGAAGGUGGAGAGGGCCCUGAGCCUUGGGAGACCAUUUCGGAGGAAGUAAACAUGGCAGGGGACUCCCUCAGCCUGGCGCUGCCCCCGCCUCCAGCCUCCCCCGUGUCUCGGACCAGCCCUCAGGAGCUGUCGGAGGAGUUGAGCAGAAGGCUUCAGAUCACCCCGGACUCCAAUGGAGAGCAGUUCAGUUCUCUGAUUCAGAGGGAACCUUCCUCAAGACUCCGGUCCUGUAGUGUCACCGAUGCGGUCGCAGAGCAGGCCCACCUACCACCGCCCAGUACCCCAACUAGGAGAGCGCGUUCAUCCACUGUCACGGGUGGUGAGGAAUCAACGCCAUCAGUGGCCUAUGUACAUACCACGCCGGGCCUACCUUCAGGCUGGGAAGAAAGAAAAGAUGCUAAGGGACGCACAUACUAUGUCAAUCAUAACAAUCGAACCACAACUUGGACUCGACCAAUCAUGCAGCUUGCAGAAGAUGGUGCCUCCGGAUCAACCACAAACAGUAGCAACCACCUAAUCGAGCCUCAGAUCCGCCGGCCUCGUAGUCUCAGUUCGCCAACAGUAACCUUAUCUGCCCCACUGGAGGGUGCCAAGGACUCACCCAUACGUCGGGCUGUGAAAGAUACCCUUUCCAAUCCACAGUCCCCUCAGCCAUCACCUUACAACUCCCCCAAACCACAACACAAAGUCACACAGAGCUUCCUGCCACCCGGCUGGGAAAUGAGGAUAGCUCCAAAUGGCCGGCCCUUCUUCAUUGACCAUAACACAAAGACUACGACCUGGGAAGAUCCACGCCUGAAAUUUCCAGUACAUAUGCGGUCAAAAGCAUCUUUAAACCCCAAUGACCUUGGCCCCCUUCCUCCUGGUUGGGAAGAACGAAUUCACUUGGAUGGCCGGACAUUCUACAUUGAUCAUAAUAGCAAAAUUACUCAAUGGGAAGAUCCAAGACUGCAGAAUCCAGCCAUCACUGGCCCGGCUGUUCCUUAUUCCAGAGAAUUUAAGCAGAAAUAUGACUACUUUAGGAAGAAAUUAAAGAAACCCGCGGAUAUUCCAAAUAGAUUUGAAAUGAAACUUCACCGAAAUAACAUAUUCGAAGAGUCUUAUCGGAGAAUCAUGUCUGUGAAAAGACCAGAUGUCCUAAAAGCUAGACUGUGGAUUGAAUUUGAGUCGGAGAAAGGUCUGGACUAUGGGGGCGUGGCCAGAGAAUGGUUUUUCUUAUUGUCCAAAGAGAUGUUCAACCCCUACUAUGGUCUCUUCGAGUAUUCUGCAACGGACAACUAUACACUUCAGAUCAAUCCCAAUUCAGGCCUCUGUAAUGAAGAUCAUUUGUCCUAUUUCACUUUUAUUGGAAGAGUUGCGGGUCUGGCGGUAUUUCAUGGGAAACUCUUAGAUGGUUUCUUCAUUCGACCGUUUUACAAGAUGAUGCUGGGAAAGCAGAUAACUCUGAAUGACAUGGAGUCUGUGGACAGUGAAUACUACAACUCUUUGAAGUGGAUCUUAGAAAACGAUCCUACUGAACUUGACCUCAUGUUCUGCAUAGAUGAAGAGAACUUCGGGCAGACAUAUCAAGUGGAUCUGAAGCCCAAUGGGUCAGAAAUAAUGGUAACAAAUGAAAACAAAAGGGAAUAUAUUGACCUCGUCAUCCAGUGGAGAUUUGUGAACCGGGUCCAGAAGCAGAUGAAUGCCUUCCUGGAGGGAUUCACAGAACUGCUUCCUAUCGACUUGAUUAAAAUUUUUGAUGAAAAUGAGCUGGAGUUGCUGAUGUGCGGCCUCGGAGAUGUGGACGUGAACGACUGGAGACAGCAUUCUAUCUACAAGAACGGCUACUGCCCGAAUCACCCUGUGAUCCAGUGGUUCUGGAAGGCUGUGCUGCUGAUGGACGCUGAGAAGCGGAUUCGGCUGCUGCAGUUCGUCACUGGGACCUCCCGGGUCCCCAUGAAUGGAUUUGCCGAACUUUAUGGUUCCAAUGGUCCUCAGCUGUUUACAAUAGAGCAAUGGGGCAGUCCUGAAAAACUGCCCAGAGCUCACACAUGCUUUAAUCGCCUUGACUUACCUCCAUACGAAACCUUCGAAGAUUUACGUGAGAAACUUCUCAUGGCCGUGGAAAAUGCUCAAGGAUUUGAAGGGGUGGAUUAAGGCCUCCUGCCUCCGGGGGGCGCCGUCCAACCCAGCAAGUUCCGCAUGCACUUUUGCAUUUGUCUAACAGACUUUUGCAGGGCGGGUGGCCACGGAGGGCAGCCGCACCGCCAGGCUCCUCCAGGCCACGCCCAAGUUCCGCCUCGGGAACCCAGACCUGGCUCCAGUUCCCGCCUCUUCCUUCCACCACCGAUUCUCAACUGGUUGACCUGUACACUAAUUACAUUUCAGGAGGACGUGAUCUAUUUAUGUUGUGCCUCUGCAGGCAAGCCCUUAAUAAAUAUUUUGCAUACUUUCUAAUGACAAUGAAUGGAAUUAAUCACUCUACAGGUAUAGUCUUUCAGCUCAUGUUUACUUUUUGAAACUGAUUUAGACCAAUUCUCCGAUUUUAUUUCAUUACAAUUAAAGAUGCCUCAUGUACUUGGAAAAGUGACCCUAUUUGUUUUUGUAUUUGGAUUUCAUAUCAGGCUUUCAAUGUCAGUGACAUUUUUUAAAGUACUUUGAGAGGAAAAAAAAGUACUUUGACAGGCUAAUGUUUGUCCCUUCUAAAGACAAGUACUUUGAAUUUCAAAUAUAACAUUAAGUGUAAUGAUGAUUUCUUUUUCCAUAGUCACAAUGAAAAUAAACUGGGUAUUGCCUUUUUUUUUUUGUAUAAAUUUAGGUAAUAGCUGACAGGCUGAGAGAAUUGUAACCUAGCAGAAUGUAUUUAUUUGUGUCAGUUCGGAAGGAAUCACACCACCAUUCCUUAGCAGCAAUGGUGUGCGCUAGCACAUACUUGAGACAGGGUUGGAGAAAGUUCCUUAGCCCUUCCUGUUGCUGUACAGCCAUCUUUUUCCUUCUGUUUUCUUCUUUUCUGUUUGUGGUAGAGGCAUUUUGAAUGAAACCCAGCACGGCUUGGUUCAAAACUGUGGGAGCCAGAUGCAUCCGAUCUCUCAUCUCCUGUGCGUUCCUUCACUACUGUCGCUCAGUAACCCACUCUUGCACUAACAGCAUCCAUUCUGAAGGCACUGGACGUGGUACAUGGAGGUCCUAUCUGGUUCAUGUUGCUCAUCGUAAAUGCUGAAUGUGCGUUCUUCUUUCCCUUGUACCCACCUUUCCAGUGCAAUAUCUUUUCAUUGUGAACUGAGCUGCUGGUGAUGAAAAAACAAAAAAACACCCAGCUGGGAAGCUGAGCCUAAAGAUGCCGUGCCUCCCUUGUUUUGCAAUUUCUACUGGACUCACAAGUAUCUAUUUGCUAUCCACUUAACCGAACUACGUUCUGUAUGACCUGUUGCAUGCUUCAGUGCCGUGUACUGUCUGAGUCGUGUCUAUCGUAAAAGUGACCGAGAAGACACCGCGUGAUCCGCUGUGGUCAAGUUCUUCAGUGAGCAGUGGCUGAAAGUUUAGGGUUGUCUGUACAGAUCAGGGUAUUUCCAUCUGUGAGGUCUCCACUGCAGAGUUGUGUCGUGUUCUGGAACCAGGUGUGAGAUUGGUCACCCUGAGGUCUUAACUGACGCUGUGCUAGACGGGAUCACACCAUUCGGUCAGAAGUUGCCUGUGUGUAUGCAACUCCGGGUGUUACAUGAGGAGCCCUAGAAGGUUGUAGUUAUAAAUAAGUUGUCUGAAGGAAUGCAGGACUCUGAGGUUCUAAAAGAAAGUGGAUUCUGACAGAGCUGAAUAUUGGCUCCUCUGCAGGGUGGUUUUUAAAGAUCUAAUCAUGAUCAGACAACUUAGGUAUUAGUUAUAAAAUAAUAAUAAUAAUGUCACUCACUACUUUUGUCUCUUGGUGGAAUUUCCCCCUGCAGUCGACAAUGGCAAGCAAACGCUAUUCAAGCCACCUCGUUGGUAAGCUUUACAGGUAUCAGUUUCAGAACCAUGCCAACGCCUGAGUUGAAAGCAGUGCGUUUUGUUGGGUUUUGAGAACGAUCGUGUCAUUAAAGAAGGAGAAAAUCAAGAUUCUAGUCUGAGAACUGGGAUUCUUCUCUCAUUUUGUAAGCUCUGUAUUUUUUAAAUCAGACUUUUCACCAGAUGCAAAUUAGGCCACACAUCAGCAACACGAAAAAGGAAAGUGAUCAUCUCAACACCUGAAUCAGAAAGGACCCCUUGAAGGCAGUGGUGAAUGAUACUUCAGAUCAUCUGCCCCUGAAUCGUAUGAUCUGAACAAAAUCUACUGCUAGAUGGGUGGGGGUUCUGGUUCACUAGUGUUCAGCAGGUGAUGAACUUUCACCCUUCACCUGAAAUGCUGUGUGUUUUGUCUCCAAAUCCAGCCCCUACUUUGUGGUCAUCUUGGUGACAUCUCUGCUUGUGGCCAGGCUCAGUUUCUUGUAGCCGGCUGGCUGGAGGGAAGAAGGUAGCGCUGCCCUCCUGCAUGGCCCCCUCCGCACUCUGGUUCUCUUUCUCUUGCCUGUUUGUCCUAGUGCAGUCCCAGUUCUCUGGUUUCCUGAGAAGUAAUGGUCAUGCAGGCCUUUUACCUGUGGUGUGCACACAGGCUGAGCGUCAGCUGCUGGGCACCUCGGGGCUUUCUGUGGCUGCCCACUUCCUGUCCUGCGGGUGACUUGGGAUGUUGCUUCUCUCCUCUCUGCCUCUGCGACAGAGGACGAAUCCAUCCACUUGUCUGUUUGAAUUAUUUGGCUUUAAUGUGCUUUCCUUACCUACCUAGAACAUUUACUUUUACUUUUCUGGAAACAGCAGUCCUUUUAUUUUUUUUUUCUGGUAUCCAGACCUCUAACCACCACAAAAACCAGAUACAUUUAUUAUUUUGUCUCCUGGGCCCUUUGGUAGGUGACAUCAGACAUUCCUUAAAUUCAGAUGGUGAACCAUAUAAAGUGACUUCACAGAUUAUACCUCCCACACGAAGGACCUAGUGGCAUAGUCUGAGAAACAGUGAGCAAAAUACUUGAACCACUCUCAGUAUUUCACGUGUACCUUGCUCUUGCCAGAUCCCAGUUUGCUCUCUGGAAAGCCAAGUCCCCUCUCCAGCAACUUCUAGUUGUGCUCAGAGCUACCAGUUGACCAAUUGGAUCUUGUAUUCUCCUAAUUGUCUUGUAUCUCACCUCUGAAAUUGUAAAAGCUUUGAACAAAGAGAGCCUGGGUUCAUCCACUAGCCAGCUCCUCCCCACUAGGCUGGCCCUCCUCUUGAGGUCCUCUCUGAUCAUCUCUCUCAACACCCCUGAGGAGAUGCUGUCUGGUGUCACUUUCUGCCUGGCCACUAGGGGUGCUGCCGUGUACGGUCACUGCCUACCCCAGCUGCCUCUCAGUCCCCAGAAAAUCACGCACUACCUCUGUCUCAUUCAGGCAUUGGGGUACUUCCUAACUCAUGUCAAAACUGCCAAUCUUAGGACUGAGUUGUGUUUGGGGAGAAAAAAAAAUCUUACAAACUCCACUUUGUACUUUAGCUUUUAAAACUGGGGAGAAAAUGUGAUAUACUUUGGACCACUUUUUUAAUUUAUAUAAGCCUUAAUGAACAGUGUAUAUAUUACACUUGUAUAUGGACACUCUACUCCAGAGUGGUUUUGGUAUGUUGGAGAAAAUGCUGUAGCAUUAGGACAUGAGCCUGUGUACUGUUUCGUAGAAAAGGCAUAGUUUUCUGUUGGUGUGAUAUUUUCCAAGAAAACACCACAUUCAGUGUCUCUCCUUUGUUUAAAAGCUGUUACACUCAAAGCAGUGCAUGUGUAAAGUGCAUGUCCCUUUGUUGGUUGGUUUUGUUUGUAGGGAAUAACGUAGGAACCUCAGGACAUCACUCUGGGUGCCUGACCUCUCGUGUACUGCAUUCUUGACCUUCUGUCUCUGCAUCAAAGCCCUUUCUUGUGACCAUAACCUAUGUCAACAAAUCUCUGUGUUCCUGUGUAAGUUCUUCUGCCCCUCGUAUUGACUAAUUUUGCCUAAAUCAUCCACGGUUCCCUUCAUGUUAAUUCUGGGUGACUCUGUUCUUCCUUUACGACUCUGUAUGAAACAUGAAUACAUAGAUACAUAUGUAUGCUGUCCAAAUAUACAUGUAUAUAUUUGUAUAGCAUUUUUACACCCUUAUGGGCAAUCUGGAUUCAAAAGGGAGUGAGAAGGUAAUUCCUUCUGCAGUUUUUUCCCAAGCUGUGUCCUUAAAUAUUCUGCCUCUCAGAGCCUGGGAGAAUCCUAAGAAGAAGAUGUUAAUUUGCUGUGUUUUCUUAAUUAAUGGUCUGUUAUCAAAUGAAACAUGGGGGGAAAAGUGACUUUUGAAGUGAAAAAAAAUUUCAAGCAUUCCAAAUGAAUUCUCAGUGUUUGGUAACUUUCUACUCUAAACUCUAAAGGAAGCCAAGUACUAUUUCAUACAAUGGUCAAAACCAAACUACCUUCAAGGUGGUGGUGUUGUUUUUAAAAAAAAAUAUGAAUACUGCUCAUUUUCACAAUCCAAAUAGCUUUAAAAUGUGGUUGGAUUUGAUAUACACAGGAAACAUUUCGGUUUAAGAGCAAGUCCUUUUUGCUUUUCUUUCUUGAGGGAAUCUAAAAGAGAAAUUGUAGCUUGUUUUCCUGAUGGCAAAAGAGUACUGUGACAAAAAAGGCUGAAGCUGUAAAGAAGUAAUACAACGUGUCAAAUAUUUAAUAAAGAAUUAUGGAAGCUG